GGUUUAAUCUCUCUUUCGCCGCCUGCGUGAAUUAUAGGAGGUUGGUUAAUCCUUCUGAGCCAGAAUUCUCGCCAGGGCCGAAGCGAUGUCGAUUUCGUCUUCGUUUCGAUUAAUCUCACUUAAAAUCCCAUACUCUCUCCAUUGCUCCAAUCUCCCCAUCUCCAAAAUCUUAAUUUCAUGUACACCUCCAAUUCCCCCGAAGCUCUCACUGUUCAGAUCAGUCUCAAUCCAAAGACUACCCACUAAACGCCCUUCAUCCUCAUCAUCAUCGUUAUCAUCUUCCUCUUCCUAUGUUUCUCUACAACCCAUUGAAGAACUCCCGCCAAAGCUACAAGAUAUCGUGAAGCUCUUCCAAGCCGUGCAGGAGCCGAAGGCUAAAUACGAACAGCUCUUGUUCUACGGCAAAACCCUAGCUCCUCUUGAUACCCAGUUCAAAACAACUGAGAAUAAGGUUCAGGGGUGUGUUUCUCAGGUCUGGGUCAGGGCAUACCUUGAUGAGGAGAAGAAUGUUCGAUACGAAGCCGAUUCGGACUCGGUGCUCACAAAGGGACUCGCCGCCCUUCUCGUUCAGGGGCUUUCAGGUCGGCCUGUGGAGGAAAUUGUGCGGGUUUCGCCGGAUUUCGUAGUCUUGCUUGGGCUUCAACAGAGUUUAACGCCUUCUAGGAAUAAUGGUUUCUUGAAUAUGUUAAAGUUAAUGCAGAAGAAGGCGUUGCAGCUUUAUGUGGAUGCUGAGAAGGUUGCUGAUUUGGUCGGUGAAGGUGGGGAGAAAAACACGAUUGCGAGCUCAAAUUUGGUUAGUGGUGGUGGGGAUUUGAGCAGUGGAGUGAGUUCGAAUUCUAGCUCAAAUUUUAGUAUUGGUGGUGGGGAUUUAAGGAAUAGAGCCAGUUUGGAACGGGGUUCAUAUUCGAGCUCAAAACCAGGUACUAAGGAUUUGAGUUUGAAUUCAGGGAUGCAGCUGGGGAAGAGAGGGCAUCGAAUUAAGGAGAGGUUGGAGAGAGAGCUUAGUCCUAUUGAAUUGCAAGUUGAAGAUAUUUCUUAUCAGCAUGCAGGGCAUGCGGGUGUUAGGGGCAGUGAGGGCGAGACACAUUUUAAUCUCAAAGUCGUUUCAGAAGAGUUUGAAGGGAAGAGUCUGGUCAAGAGGCAUAGGAUGGUUUACAACUUGUUGCAGGAGGAGUUACAGUGUGGGCUACAUGCAUUGUCAAUUGUUGCAAAGACACCUUCUGAAGUUAAUGGUGGAUGAAGUGUGGCCGUGACAAGAGGUUCCUUCGUUUUCCCUUUUAUAUAAUCUUCCAGGGGAGGACCAUGGAAAAAAAUUCAGAUCGCUGAUUCAAAUUAAGAUCUGGACAUGCAAAUAAAUUUUGUAUCUACUGCAAGAAGAAAGGGCACAUAAAGACAAAACUGCUGCAGAUUGAAGAACAAGUAUAGAGAGAACAAACAAGGCCAAAAUCAAAGAAAUAAUGAGAAAGAGGCUGAGGCAAAUGUUGUCCGCAACUAAUCUGAAGGUGCUAAAUUUGUUCUUUCCAUCACCAGUUAUGCAUGUUUAAAGAUCACUGGGUGAUGGAUUCAACAUGCUUGUUUCAUAUGUGUCCCAAUAAAGAUUGCUUUUACUUAUAUGAAUCAAUCUCUAGUGGGAUUGUAUUGAUGGGAAACUACGCAACUUGUAAAAUUGUUGGGAUUGGAACGGUACGAAUCAAAAUGUAUGGUGGUGUUGUGAGAACUCUUAU